UGUGGCAGGUACACGUGUGUCCAUGUUCCCCUGUCUGCCUGGGAGGUGUUUGCUCCGCAGGGAAGCACAGCCUCAUCCCACGGCGUGCCUGGAAUGUCACUCGUAGCAUCCACCUGGCCAGAAUCAGAUCGGAUGAAGCCCAAGGUGAGUGCACGUGGAUAUGGGGCUGUCCUGUCCCUGCCCCGCAGGAGCUGCUGAUUAGAGAUGUGACCAUUAGGGAGUUAUUUGCUUUGCUCACUGCAACAAAAUCAUUCUGAUUAUUAAUGUACUUCUUUAAUAAUUAAGCUGUUGUGGUUGGAGAUUUUGGAGGACUCUUGGCAGGUGCACAAACCUCUGGUUGGUGGUUUGGGUUUGUUUUUAGCUUCAGGCAUAGCCCCUGUGAGGGGUCACUUGUUCUGGCUGGUUCUUCAAUUGAGGGGUCACAAUCCAUCCCUCUAAGGGAUCACAGCCCCUGUGAGUGUCACUCGUCCUGGCUGUUGUUCACUCUGGUUUUGUGCUGGUGGAUGAGGAUGGUUGUUCAGCUGCUGCUCCAGGAAAGGUCAGCUGAACCACGGAGUGACCCAACCCAGCAUCACACACACACUGUCAAAAGGAGAACAUUCUAUCCAGAGCUACAGGAAAGUUAAUAAGAGAGAAAAAUGCAGUGGAAAAGACUUAAGUCUUAGACUGGAGGUCUCUGGCAAAUCCAUGGAAAGCCAAGCAGGAACUGAGGCAGGAUGGGAACAGAAAUUACCUGUGAUACUCCUGGGAAGGAAAGAACAGGCAACUCCUUCCAUUCCCACAGCAAAAUGCCCACUCUUGCUUCCCAGAGUAAUACUCAAGUACUGGCGAUGGUUUCUGCUCACAGUAAAAUGCUGACUUCCUGUUUUGUAGAGCAUGGAGACAAUUAGUUAAUUGAGAAGACAGUCUUAAUUGAGCCCCUGGUAACACAGCUCAUUCCCAGGGUUUCUUGUGUCCCGCAUUCGGACGCAGCAAAGGCAUCUCCAAAGUGGCACCUCUGGAGUGCUAAAGCUGCACUUGCAGCAUCAAACGAGGCUUUUGGUUGCAAACUAUUCUUGUUGCUUCACAUCCCUGUCCAGCAUGGCCGGUGUGAGCAGCAGAGCUCCUCCUGGGUUGAGGACAAGGCAGCUCCAUGGACGGGUGAGCUGGGACACCAGGAAUGGGCUUGGGAGGGGCAUGAGGCAGCAACGGAGUCUCCACUGUCCUUAUCCAGUGGCUGUCCUUAUCCAACCCACUGUCCUUAUCCAAUAGCUUGUGGCCGGCUAUAGUCAAGCCUCAGUCACUGUUGGAAUUUUGGCUUUACUGCACCUUGUAAGGGGAAAAAAUUUGGAAGAAAGUGGGGCAACUUCUCUCAAUUGUAGAACUGUAGGUGUGACUCAGCUGCCAUUAAAGCUCUCGGGGAGCUUCCCACUGGGCCCUGGUACCUGGGGCAGCUGCACCCCAACCAGGCAGUGACAGAGCCCAGAAAGGCACAGGAUAAUCCCAUGGGAAUGUAGUCUGUCUGUUUGCUGAGGAGAAACUCAUUGAGCAAUUGCUAUUCUUAGUCAAAGGAACACUCAAGACCUCCCUGCAGUACUCUUUUCUGUUUUGUUUCCAAGCAAAUUUCCCCCCUGGAAAGCAACAAUCCUGUACAAAAUCAUGACUUGGAAGAUUGUAAUUUGUGCGAUAUUCCUUUUCUCGCCUCCGAGCCUCAGUGACAGGCGUUGCCUGGUCCCACUGGCUGUCGCCAGCCCAGGUUCACCUAAAGGCAUGAAAGAUUUUUUUCCCGUGGCUAGAAAUGGUUCCUGACAGGAAUCCUAUGGCUUGAUAAGGAAUUCUGGAGCACUAGCAACGGUGCCUUUGUAGGACCCUUGUUAAACAUGAGUGAAAUCAGGCUUUGGAUUUAAAAUUAUCAAGAGCAAGGGGAAAGGAGGUUGCACAGGUAGAUGUCACCUCACAGCCCUGUUAAUGCCACCCCAGAAGCCAGAAGACUAGAAAUUAUUAUUAUUAUCCCUGCUUACAUCAAAUGUGAAAAAAGAGCCUGGAAACCUGCAGUUUCCAGUGGGAAGAGGAUCUGAGCUGCAUUCAGUGGUACUCACCUGUGACACCUUACUACAGGGAGCUGGGGAGCAGCUUCCUUGGGCCGCCUUCCUUCUCCUCCUCCUCCUCCCCUCCUCCCCAACAAAGACAGCAGGCCAGGGACAGAAAUAGAUCUUUAAUGAACUAUACAAAAAAUCACCUGGUGAUUCCUGCUCCCUGGAGGUUCCUCCUCCUCACCAGUCCCAGAGGGCUCAGCAGAAGAGGUGCAAGACUUUGCGGAAGAAGUUCCUGAACUCGGCGUUGAACACGGUGUAAAUGAUGGGGUUGAGAGCACUGUUGACAUAGCCCAGCCAAGUGACAGUGCUGGUGACUUGAGUGGGGAUGGCACAGGACUUGCAGAGAGCCCUGGUAAUGUGCACCACAAAGAAAGGUGUCCAGCAGAAGAGGAAAGCACCUGCCAGGGCAGUAAAGAGAGAAGGUGAUGGGAACAUUCGAAAGGGUUUAGUUUAACAAGGCUCGGGCCAAACAAGACAGAGGCAGCUCAGAGUGCUCAGGGAACAGGCAGCAGCUGUGCUGACAUGUGGAGCUGGGCCUGUGCCCAGACGAAAAAUUGGGAUGUCUUUCCUGUCACAAAUAUUGAUGAAAAGUCUAAAGUUAAUCUCACUUUGGCUUUGAAUGUAAGAUACUGGGAGUCACAGGUUUGCCUUGAAGGAAACUUGGUUAUCAACUACAUGCAUUCUCUCCCAGGGGUGGUAGUUGUUGGCACUGCUCUGGCACCCCGGAUCCACACAGAUCCCUGCCCUGCGUGGGACAAGGUGGCACAUUUCCCACCCUGCCCAGCCCUUCCCUGCGGAUACUCACCGACGACGACCGGCAGCACCCGCAUGGCCUUGCGCUCCCGGCCAUUGAUCUUGGCCCGCUUCCGCCCGUGCCCCGGGUGUGGGUACCUGAGGUGUGGGUAGGACACAGUCUGGAUCCCAUUGCUCAUCCCACAGUCCCCAGGGAGGCCGGUGAGGCUGUAGGGGCUGCACUCCGGCGGCCCCAGCCGGCUCUGCUCCCUCUCCAGGAAGGUCGGGGGGUGGUACAGCUUCCUGUUGGCCCCAUAGAUGCAGCCCCUCAGCUUGGCCUUCCUGGCCUCUUCCCAGCGCUUGAGUCCUUGGAACAUGCCGCAGUACAGCACCAGCAUGACGGGGCACGGGAUGAAGAAGGAGCAGAUGGAGGAGUACACGAUGUAGUUGUCAUCCUCCAGCUGGCACAGGCUGGGGUCCCGGUUUGGGACGUUGUUGAGGCCAAAUAUGACAGGAGAUGCUACAGCAAAGGCGAAUAUCCAGGUGGUGGAUAUCAGGAUCAGCUGCCGCAGGUCGAUCUGCCGCCGGUUGUAGUUGAGCGGGACUUGAACGGCGAUGAACCUGCCAACACAGCCCCGGGUGAGCCAGGCCUGGCCUGGGGACGUCACUGCCUGUGAGGGGACCGAGAGGCCCCAGAGCUCCUCGUCCCUGUCCUUCCCCCCCAGGCAUUUACAUAGCCAAGGCAUGGGCUACAGCCAGAGCACCCGAGGGGCAGCUCUGCUUCCUCACACAGCGGUGCUUUCAGCAUGGCCACCCCUGAUGGGACACAAAGCUUGGGAUGGAGGAUGGUAGGGCAGAGCAUCCCCACUUAGGGGAGGGCAGGAUCCUCCCACUGUGAGAGCCUGGCAAGGGUGUAUGGAAGCAGCGUGAUGCCCUGACACAGCCAGAGCAGGGAGGCACUCACCGGUCCACGCUGAUCGCACACAGGUUGAAGAUGGACGCCGUGCACAGCAUCACGUCCAUGGUCAUCAGGGCGUCACACAGCACCGUGCUCAGGGACCACACACCUCCCUGGAACUGGAAAGAUCCCGGGAUCAGCAGAUGCCUUUAAAGUGACAGGGAACACCUCUGUGCCUGGGCACCUCAGCCACUCCCAGUUCCUCCAGACAAGCAGCGCAAGGCCGAGCGCUCCUCCCGUGGCACGAUGCUCCCGGCACGGCAGUGGCACACAGGAGUCAGCCCCACGCAGGAGCUCACAGCCUGCCCGGGGCUGGCAGGAGAACUGAGCCCACAGAGCAUCAGCAUGGCCAGCUCGGUCAUCUUGGCCAGGGGCACAGCUCUGCACAGCCCCUGGCAGAGGACAGGCAGCAGAACAGGCAGCAGGACAGCAAUGGCUGAUGCUGGUACAGCCAGAGACUACUUGCAGCAGUUUGUUCCAAGCGAGCGCUCAUCUCACCCAGAGAGAACCACUCAGCCUCAGGAGCUGCUGGCCCGGCCCCGGGCAGACGCGUUAGGGCACCUCCACUCGGGGCGUCUCCACUCGGUGUGUUUGCGGCUCGGACGGCAGGGCAGCCCCGGGACCCGCCCGCGGCCCCGGUGGCACUCGCAGAUUUCAGGAGAGGACAUGGUUUCCAUGAUGACAACCCUGUGGCAAGUCAUUAUUCCCGUGAUUGUCCUGUCCCACUUCUCAGCAUCUCUGCCAUCCCGGGAGAGUCCCCCCAGGAUGGAGCGACAUGCUGACGGGCUCUUCCACAGCGAGCUCAGCAAGAUGAACGGCAACGCCUACGUGAGGCAGCUGGUCAAACACCUGGUGGGCCUCAAGGAGAGGUCCCAGAGGCACUCGGAUGGGCUGUUCACCAGCGAGUACAGCAAGAUGAGAGGGAACGCCCAGGUGCAGAAAUUCAUCCAAAACCUCAUGGGCCGCAAGCGCAGCUCUCCUGGCCCGGUCAACACAGAUGUGCAGGAGAGAGAGGGAGAGAACAGCCCUGCAGAACUUUGCUUUCUCUGGUUGUACCAGAGCUUUCUGAACACCAGCCUCUCAGACAGAGAUGCCUGGGAAGCUGCUGCCAUCAGCAGCCGGUACGUUUGCCCCACCUCUAAGCCGCUGGUUGCAGACAUGAAGGAAGAUACAGAUGGUUCUGCCUGAAGGUGAAGGGAAAAAAACAGCCAA